AAAAAUAGAAAAUUGAUAAAAAUAUAUCUAAAUGAACAUAAACUAUGUAUUUAGAAACAUUAAAUACGGAAAAUAGUUUUAUGAAAUUUUCAGAGGCAGAAAGAAUAGUUAAAGCAUGUGGAGAAAUAGUUUCAAAUUUGAUUCGUAUUUAUGAAUCAGGUCAAUAUAAUAAUAUAAAUCUUAAUGCAAUCAAACAGGGUGUUUGUAGAAAAUAUAAAUUAUCUACUCAGCCUCGUUUGAUGGAUAUUAUUUCAGCGAUCCCAGAUUUUUAUAAACCUUAUUUAUUGUCAAAAUUAAAAGCAAAGCCAGUUCGUACAGCAAGUGGAGUGGCACCGAUUGCAGUAAUGUCUAAGCCUCAUCGAUGUCCACAUAUAGCUAUGACAGGAAAUAUUUGUGUAUAUUGUCCAGGGGGGCCGGAUUCAGAUUUUGAAUAUUCUUCUCAAUCAUAUACAGGUUAUGAGCCUACUAGUAUGAGAGCAAUUCGUGCAAGAUAUGAUCCAUAUGAACAAGCAAGAGGACGAAUUGAACAAUUAAGAUCAUUAGGACAUACAGUUGAUAAGGUGGAAUAUAUUAUUAUGGGUGGAACAUUUAUGUCAUUACCGGAAACAUAUAGGGAUUGGUUUAUUUCGAAUUUACAUAAUGCAUUAUCGGGUCAUACGACAUAUGAUCUAGAUGAAGCGGUUAAAUUUUCGGAGCACUCAAAAACAAAAUGUAUAGGUAUUACUAUUGAAACAAGGCCGGACUAUUGUUUAGAACCGCAUCUUGAUUCAAUGUUGCGUUAUGGUUGUACUCGUCUAGAAAUUGGUGUUCAGAGUGUAUAUGAAGAUGUUGCAAGAGAUACCAAUCGGGGACAUACGGUUAAAGCUGUUUGUGAAACAUUUUGUUUAGCAAAAGAUGCUGGAUUUAAAGUUGUAUCUCAUAUGAUGCCAGAUCUACCGAAUGUAGGUAUAGAAAGGGAUCUUUAUCAAUUUAGAGAAUAUUUUGAAAAUUCUGCAUUUAGAACUGAUGGGCUUAAAAUAUAUCCUACUUUAGUAAUUAGAGGAACAGGAUUAUAUGAGCUCUGGCGUACUGGAAGAUAUAAAAACUAUACCCCAAAUGUUUUAGUAGAUUUAAUAGCCAAUAUUUUAUCCAUGGUACCUCCGUGGACUCGUAUCUAUCGUAUUCAAAGAGAUAUACCUAUGCCUCUUGUUUCUUCUGGUGUUGAGAAUGGAAAUUUACGGGAAUUAGCUCUUAGUCGUAUGAAAGAUUUGGGAUGGACUUGUAGAGAUAUUCGUUCACGAGAAGUCGGUAUACAAGAAAUUCAUCAUAAAGUUCGUCCAAAUCAAAUUGAAUUCUUACGAAGAGAUUAUAUGGCUAAUGGCGGUUGGGAAACAUUUUUAAGUUAUGAAGACCCCGAACGUGAUAUUUUGAUUGGAUUACUUCGUUUACGUCGUUGCUCUUCUGCAACUACUUAUCGACCUGAAUUUCGUGUUUGUCCAACAUCAAUUAUACGAGAACUUCAUGUCUAUGGUACUGCUGUACCUAUUCAUGAUAAAGAUCCAAAAAAUUUUCAACAUCAAGGUUUUGGUAUGCUUUUAAUGGAACAAGCUGAACGUAUUGCAAAAUAUGAACAUGGAAGUCAAAAAAUCGCUGUCAUUUCCGGUAUAGGAGUUAGAUCUUAUUAUCGUCGUUUAGGUUAUGUUUUGGAUGGUCCAUAUAUGUCUAAAUCUUUAAAUACUCUUUCAAUUAAUGCAUUCUAAAAUACAAAA